CACGUGAAAGUUCUGCGGCUAGUUACUAAGUGACAAUACGUAAGUGUUAUUGAUACGGAUUGCUAGCGACCAUCCUUUGUGGGUCCACAAAGGAUCUUGGUUUGUCCUGCCGAGCGCUUAGGGGUUCUUUAUUAGAGUCGCCGCCAGCGGCCAUUGCACUCUUCUCUCAUCUUAAUACGGUAUCAUGCCCCAACAUUCAAAGCCUCUUUCAACAGACCAGUCCGGUCUGGAAUAUAUCAUCAAUCAUGUAUUUUCACCCCUCAAAUUACCACAAGGCAGUGACCAUUCCCUCAAGAACGACCUAGCCUUAUCUCAAGCGGUAGUGGAAGCUGCUCUUGCCUUCAGCGACCAGCUGCCGUCCGAUAAGCAGCUGCUUUGGAUGAGCAGCUUGAAGAUGCUCCAGAAUCUGAGCGAUUCAAUCAGAUUUAGCGCGAUGUCUGCGAAGGAAGUCGAAUCUCAGAUCAGUGCUAUGGACACCAAAGAUGUCCUUGUAUAUAUGAUUCGUGCACAAAAUGCUGCGGUGGUCAUGAGAAAACUCGAAUCUGAGACAAUAUUUGAAUCAUUCGAGAUCUCUCCUGACGCCAGCGCGGUGAUGGGCGCAAAGGGAAAGCUCAUAUGUUCGUAUCCUGGACCUGCUAUCACGGUCCCAGACACGAUUGUUGACGAUGCUGCUUUUCGCGCCGAGCUGGCAAAUUUUCUCGCCCGCAUGGAUCAAGAUGUCCUUGAUGCGGCAGCCACGCGGACAAAAGCCAAAUCCACUGUUCUCGAAGAGAGGGACACAACUCAUCCUCGACACAUCACAAAACUCCUGACCAGCAUACUGCGUGGCCUGGGGAGCAUUGCUGAUGUUUCUCGCAUCCGCAAGCGCAUCGGAGAUGAUGUGCUGUGGGAUAGCGCAAAUUUGCCGUGGAGACGGUCUCCACUUUGGCUUGUCAUUCGCGUUGCUUUGCAGACGACUCUAGAGCGCAGUGCUCUCGGGCGAACCACGUAUAAAUCAUUCAUGCUAUUCUUCAUGGCGAGGCUGACGACCCAUGCCCUCGACCAUGACUUGUCGAACAACAUUCUGCACUUCAUGUCGGCAAAGAUUGCGCGCCGUCUUUUCAAGCUUGGGCCCUCUGCUCCUCCGGAGUUAUCACAGAUGGUCAAUAGGGUCACCAGUGACGUUAGGAGUCUUCUAGAAGAAAGGUGGGGAUCUAUUCAAGACACGCAGCGGGCGUCACCUCGUUGGGCUCCUGAGACCCUCCGAGUCUUGCAAGAUACGCAUCUUUCCUUGAACACGAGCCGAGGGUACAUACGCCAAGCUUUACAAAACCAGACUUCGUCCCCCCAAACAGCCUCAUUCAAACCUAGCCACCGCAUGCGUGGAGAAAUCGACCAUUUCCUUGACGCUGAUGCUAGCUUAUUGGUAGCCGCUCAUGCUGCGGAACCGUCUUUUACCCUCGCAGACUUCGAGACUGCCGUUAGAUCAGGGAUUGACGACUGGGUAGCGCGUGUUUCUCCACAGAGCAUUGAUUCCGCAUGUGUUUCGAUUGAGGCGUGCGCCUCUGCGUAUUCCUCGAGAGCGCUGAACGCUUACAAGGGAAACCCGGAGAAUUUGUCAAUCAUGCUUCUCACUCUUUCCGAGCUCUGGGUAGCCAUGGAUAAGAUCGUCGUUCGACAAAUCCCACUCCUCGCAGAAUAUUCCCCCGAAAUCCCAUCAACCCUUUGGGAGAGUCUACUGGUCCCCAAAUCACCAGACCUUGAUCGUUUACGGCAGUUACAUGCCUACUUGAAUGCCCGUCAUUGUCAGGCUUCCAUCCGCCUGUCGGUGUUCUCAUCUACCGCCGAUAACAAGUCAUUCGCAGUGCGAUAUUUUUACCAGUCUUCAAAGCUCCAGAAUUUGAAGCUGACCAUCGAGGCGGAUGCUCGGAAAGAGCGGGAGAAGAAGUUGAUUGACCUUAGGACCCUCAAUAUGAGGUACGCUGGCCUAAACGAGCGUGCAACAAGUUUAUCGCACGAAUACGCCGUCAACUCCCGUGGCACAGAGUACCAUAAACAACAGAGCUGUGAAAAGUGUCGCCUGGAAAAGCAGAUGCAAUCGAUGACCAUCACAGCUCACGAGUGGCCGCUACCAUCGCGCGAAAAAGAGGCAAUCGCGGUCGUGUUUGAGCUGGUAUGCCCCAUCGCCUUCGACAUGUGGAGGUGUAUGACAUUCCAUGUCCUCAUCGACGUCUGCACUCCGGAGAAUAUUUCGCCCACUUGUCCCUCCAUGACACUGCCGAAAUAUGGCGCCUUGAAGCCUUACCGCAAGUGCCACCCAAGGCAGAGGCUGACUUUGGCGUCAGAUGCCAAACCUUUCAGCAAAUCCCAUUACAACCGCAUUCAUAUUCCCACGGUGAACACCAGUGUCUGUGUAAACAAUGGACUCGUAUUUCGGCCCUUUGAUACAGUCAAAAAUGCCUGGGCCGCCAAGGUAGUACUGUCGCCGUCCAAUUCCAGCAAGUUAUGCACUUUCAUUCUUCCCAAGGGUCCAUAUGAUCGUUUGCAGCGGUACCUUGCGGAGACGUCUCAUGCGUCAAACGACGUCAUAGCAAACCAGGCUGAUUGUCACAAGGACAUGACCAUUCACGAAUUCAUCGCAUUCGGAGCCUUGCGGAGUGGACCGCGAUUGCAAUGGAUGAACGUGCUCCGCGAGCUUCGUGCAAGGACACUCAAUUUUCGACGCGAGGAAGUCCAUCUGCUACUAGCCCAAGCCAUUUCACAGGUUGGCCCAAUGUCGUCUGACGAGGGCCUUCUAUGGCACGAGGAGCUGAACAACGUGCCUUUCCUCAGUACACUACUUGGAGAGCUGGAGUCAUUGAUGGCAAGCGUCGAAGAAAAUUGGUUGGAAGGUGUCACGAUAAGCACUAUCAUCAUGCUCGUGUGCCGUAUCUUGUCCUCGACUGAUGCAGAGAGUAUAAGAAGUCAUGGAUAUUCGCUGCUUCAAAGGAUUCGAACUGCAACCUUUACCUUGCUGACGCAGCUAUCGAAGAAAAUGCAAGCGAGCAACGACGUGACGGUCAGUCAGGAGUUACAAGGACGUGUUCGUGACAUGGCAGUCACCUGUCGAAGCACGUUUGAUGUUGACGGAGAUGCAUCGCUGCUCCUGACCUCCAACGAUAUCAAGGUGUUCGCAUACUGUGGCGUCAUGAUUUAUGACAACACUCCGAGCCGACUGGACACACUUCCCCAACAUUCCAAGCUCCUGCUAGAGCGAGACAAGAGAUGCUGUCACGCAUUAGAAGCCGCUGUUCGCCAAUAUACAGAGCUUCACAGGGAGGGCCUCGAUUGUGCGAUUGCGGAGAUCUGGGACAGUUACAGACAAGGGACUCCUUGGAAGGCACUGCCGGCUCCAAAUUCUCGUUGGCUUGUGUCGCAGACCGCACCAUCAUGCUCUCAAUUACCGCAAGUUGUGCACUUCAAUCUGGUCAAUGGGUGCUUGCUCGUCAACGGAAAACAGCUGGGUCGGCUUCCGUCAGAGAUAGUGCAACAUCCCACCUACCAAUCAAUAUUCGGUGAUCGAGUCCUUGACAUCGUUCCGGCUGAUAUUCCUGGAAUGGAUUAUGCGACACGGGGGAAUCUUUGUGAUCAUCAGAAGGCUGUACUCAUUGGCUCAACUUGUCCACGAGAAAAAUCGAGAUUCGGCCAGCAGAAAACGCAUGGAAGUCUUGUUCUGAUAACUGGGUCCUUGCAAUUCACUGUUUCGGGCCCCUCGACACUGCAGAAGGCUGGCGGUGCCACUCUUGUCGACAUACGUAGCCAAACGUGGGACAUGAUCUCCAAGAGGAUGUGUCCUCUGGAGGGUACCCGCUACAUCAUGGUCACAUCCGACGAAGCGUCCGGCGGUACUUUUUCCUCGCUGAAGGUUGACUUACCUCGAUAUGGUCUUGAAUUCUUUGUCGACGAGGAUGGGGAUCUGCAGUCCCGCAACAUGCGAAACAUGGUCGUCGAUGCAUUUCAGUCAACUGGAACAAUGAUAGGAUUGAUCAACCAGCUCGUCUUGCGUCCGAAGUCACAAUUUGCAGAUGAGCAUCCGCGCACUGUCAUCAUCCCAGAAGGUCGUAUCUCAUAUUCUCCUGACGGCCAUUACAUUCGAGUUACCAUCACUCCUGAAGGCCCCCGAGUGACAUACCACUUGUACAGGGCUGAUACAGAUCUACGCUGUCUCACUGGGAAUGUGGGUCUGACGAGCAAGCUCUAUCAGGCGCUCCUUCACGCUGUUACCAGCGGCUGUCUCCCUGAUCCGCUGACGGGUCGAACGGGAACAGAAGAGGCGUUGCAUCUCCUGCAUUCUCCAGCUUGCCGGUCUUUCAUGAAGCUUCGUUCUCAUGAUACUGAUCUUUUGCGUGAGAUCAGUUUGCUGUCCACUAGGCGCAUCUGGUAUCCUAUUCAUCUCCGAAAGAUGCAGACAGUUUCGUGGUCAUCCCUUGCGCCCAUUGCACAGCACCAUGAUUUUCAUCUAGUCGCAAAAUCUAUCAUGGACUACGGCAAGCGGCUUUCAAGUUUCUCAGAAACAUCUCCAAACCAUCAUCUUAACUUUAGUCUCCCAUCAUCUACCGAUCACCUCCUUGAGCGCGCAUCCAUUCGUGCCUCGGCAGUCUAUCCCAACCAGUUCUCUCUGCCACUUCCGCAUGGUAACACAGAUGUCAUCUAUACUUCGUGCAAUGUCCCUGAUAAACAUGCGGAAGAGAGGGCAUUCAACACAGCCUUCAUGGUACACCAGUGGCCAAGCAGACUUCCGGUGCAACGAAAUUUACUCAGUUUGUUGACUCAGUGGAAAAAGGUCCAGGGCAUUUGCGAACCCCUCAGCUUACGGUACUCCAAAGACUGGCUUCAACCGACUUAUCCUGACAUCUUCCUUUCUGCGUACGACCGCUUUCGUGGUGCUACGAAGAAAGACAUGUUUAAGCUGGUUUUCACCCUGGCUUCAGUAUCAUACGGCUCGCCGGACACUCACGCGCUCGUCCCGACAUUCCUAGCCUUUGUCACAGUUCCAGAAAUUCGCAGCCUACAUGGCCCACCGGAUUUUACCUCUUAUGAUCUCUCUGAUGGCUACAUGCCCUCCGAUGCGACACUGGGCAAUCUCAUCAGUUCGUGUAUGAAGGAUUAUGAAAACAGUCUGGAGAGAUCCCUAGCUGCAAUACCCGGGGAAAGUAAAAAGGCUAAACCUGUCGCUCUGAGAAGCAAGUCAUCCUCAGAACAGUUUGUGCCGUCCGGUCGUGCCAAGAUUCCUCCGACGCUCAAUACGCUGCAAGCAACCUGCUUCAAUCUCAAAGAACUGUCGAAGAAACUUCGCCCGGUAUUCCGCAGCUGUUGGGCAAACCGUUGUUUGAAGGAACACUUGGACGUCCUGCAAGGGACUCUCAACCGGUUCUACGCUCCCAAUCCUCCAUCAAAGCUACCGUUGCGAUAUGACCCUGAUUCCAAUCCUGAUGAUAUUGCAUCACCAACCUCGUCUGUCGAUGCUCAGUACCUUUUCGAUAGGAACCUUCCGCCCGUUAUACAUACGUUUGGCUCUUCCCACGUUUUGCCCAGUACCAAUCGGAGAGAUGUGGUGUCUCCAGACCCCGGAGUCUCAUCAAGGUUGCAAAAGCUGAUCAACGACUUUCGCGACCGAGGGAGCAAUAAGUUCCACCACAACUACGCUAAUGAUCUGGAGCGGAGCAGGUCAAUUUUCUGUGAGGAGAAGCUGGUUGCCCCGCCAGAUCCUACGGCGUACACUACGGAGAUACUGCUCGAGCACCAUUCUCUGCAUAGCCGGCAAUUUCAAGAUUCGCUCGCAAGUGUUGUAGACGCCCUCUCCCCUGAUUCUGCUGCUGAGAACGCAUUAUACAAUGCUGGGUUGUGGCCCCGAAUUACACCGAACUUCCUCUUCACCCGCAUGGCAUCUGUAUCAGGAAAUUGUAUGGGGAAAGCAUGGCGUACGGCUCUCGUCCACCUGUCGCAAAUGCUUCUGCAAUUGCAGCGCUCGCGAAGGCUGUUCGUCUUUGCCGCAAAGAAAAACUGGGUCGAGUUCUUCAAGGAAUUGGAGAAUGAAGGAUGCGAGGGAUUUAAUCCCGAGCUGUACCCUGAUUGGCUUUUAAUACAGAUCGAAAGUCAGUUCUUGGCACGGCCAGUCCAGGUGAAGGUUGCGCUGGAGAUGAUGUCGCCAAGCACAGGAGGAAAUACCUCUCUCCAGCUGAACAUGGGUGAAGGAAAAUCCUACGUGAUUGUUCCCCUCGCAGCCGCCGCACUUUCUGAUGCUCACAAACUGGUGCGAGUAAUCGUGCUGAAGUCCUUGUCAGCUCAGAUGUUCCAGCUUCUGGUUGAACGUCUAAGCGGCCUUGCGCAAAGGCGCAUUUUCUAUAUUCCAUUCUCCAGAGCGCUCUCUAUCGACUCCCCGAAAGUGCAAAUGUAUCGUGAUCUCAUGCAAGAAUGCAUUGACACCAGAGGUAUUUUGGUCGUACAACCGGACCAUAUUCUGUCGUUCGAGUUGAUGGCCGUCGACCGUCAGCUAUCACCUCGGAAUGAAGCUGCUAGAGAGAUGCUGCAGGUUCAGCUGUGGCUCGACAGUCAUACACGCGAUAUCCUGGACGAAAGCGAUGAAAUUCUGCAUGUCCGCUACCAGCUGGUGUACACUGUCGGUCUCCAAAGGUCGCUUCAAGGUCAUCCCGAAAGGUGGACGACUACACAACAAGUGCUGAAUAUAUCCAUUCGCAAGCAUGGAGCAUUCCCCUUCAUUCGCAUUCUGCACCCGACAGCAGGUGAAAAGUUGGUCCAAUGGAUUGCAGAGGAUGUCACAAGUGGUGCACUUGAAAACUUCGGCUUUGACCAAGCAUCUCUCCAAGUGAAACAAGCUGUCCGCAAGUUCAUCGCGACCGAGAAGAUAUCCAAUGACUGUAUCAGUGUAGUGGAGGAUUGCUAUAGACACACCACAGUCUGGCCCGGGCUUCUGGUCUUGCGUGGAUUGCUGGCAUAUGGUAUUCUGGUGCACGCCAUGAAAGAACGUCGCUGGCGCGUGGACUAUGGCCUUGCCCCCAAGCGAACGAUGUUGGCCGUUCCGUUCCGUGCUAAAGACAUGCCCUCGCUGCGCGCAGAGUUUGGCCAUCCAGAUGUCGCUGUCAUCCUCACCUGCAUAUCGUACUAUUAUGCGGGUCUUACUCACGAGCAGUUGAUGUUAUGUUUCGAACUUCUGCUGAAGCAGGAUAAUCCCGACCUCGAGUAUGAAUCCUGGGUGCUCGGACUUCAGUCCGUCCCAGAAAGUCUGCGGCACCUUAGCGGUAUCAAUACAGAAUCCGCGGAGCAGCUCCAUGACCUCCAGAAACUGUUCGCAUCCAACAAGGCAGUCAUAGAUUUCUACCUGUCUCGCGUAGUUUUCCCCAAGGAAGCCAAGGGAUUCCCAAGUAAGCUCACCUGCUCCGGGUGGGAUCUCGCUCAAGAGAAGUCACAUCUCACAACCGGCUUUUCUGGUACGAACGAUAAUCGCUAUCUGCUACCAAGCUCAAUGGUGCAGCAUGACCUCGAUUACCAACGCAGCACGAACGCCCGGGUUCUAGCAUUUCUUCUUCGCCCGGAAAAUAAUUGCUACAGAUGCAUACCGCCCGGCCAAAACGUGAAACAUUUCAUCGAUGCUCUAGUCGCACAAACUCCCGAGGUCUGCGUCCUCCUAGACGUAGGUGCGCAGAUGCUGGAACUGAAGAAUCAGGAGCUGGCCGAAGCAUGGCUUCAAGCUAAGCGCAACGCCCAAGCUGCAGUCUUUGUGGAUGACGACGAUGAACUUGUCGUCGUCAGUCGGAAUGGGACAGUCGAGCCCCUUGUGUCGUCCCCCUUCGCCCAGCAACUUGACCAGUGCGUCGUAUAUCUAGACGACGCCCAUACUAGAGGGACAGAUGUCAAACUACCUUCCGGUUUUCGAGCUGCUGUCACGCUUGGCCCAAAAGUCACGAAAGACCGCCUGACGCAAGGAUGUAUGCGAAUGCGGAAGCUGGGCAAUGGGCACUCAGCAAUGUUCUUCGCUCCGACUGAAGUUGACCGGAGCAUUCGUUCGGCGACUCAGAAAGCUGAUACCGACACUGUCGACGUGGCAGAUAUCCUGCACUGGGCGAUGCUUGAAACCUGUCUUGAUAUUCAGAUGCGUGCGUCCCACUGGAUCCAACAGGGAUCGGAUUUCAAUGCACGGUAUUCCGCAUGGGCUCAAUUCUCACGUACCCCUACUUUGAUCUCCACCCUGAAGGCCGCCUGGUUGCAGCCAGAGGAGCGUUCGUUAGAGGAUAUGUAUGCACCAAGUAGCUCCCCACAACCAUUCAAGUUUUCCGAUCUAAGCAUUCAAAGGAAGUGCGAGGAACUCGGAGUCCUGUCGGGAUCGGCAAGAAGCAUGGACGAGGAACAAGAAAGGGAGGUGAUUCACGAGGUAGAGAGAGAGCGUCGGGUGGAACGACCGCCUAGAGUCAAACCUGCAGCUCAUGUGCUGCAUGCAGACGUCCGUCGAUUCGUCGAGACCGGCCGAAUUCCCGUCGGGUCUUCUGCUUUCAUUCAAGCGCUGUCCAGCCUUAUUGGCACUACUGCUGUAUUUCAUGAGCGCAAUCAGUGGGCACAAAAUGUUUUAGUCACCCAAGACUUCGCUCGUACGACUCUCUAUGCUCAAAAGGCGGAUGAUUAUCUGCGGCCCGUCAAUUGGAUUAUAUUCAGUGGCGCUGGACGCUCCCCAGUGCUGGUGGUUGUGAGCCCCAACGAAGCGAACACACUGCUACCUGACAUCCGUAGAAGCAAUGCAGUCCACCUUUGCAUCUACACUCCUCGCACCACAAAAACGAUGCAGGCAUGCGAUGACCUUCGCCUCUACUGCGUUCCUUCGACACCACGGUCGACAUCGUCGGAACCGCUGGUUUGCCAGCUCAACCUUUUUGCGGGUCAACUCUAUUUCUCCAAUUACGAGAUGUAUCUCCGCACUUGCAACUUCUUAGGACUCAAUGCACCGGAUUUAGGGGACGAGGACUUGAUCGCUGACAGUGACGGGUUCAUCAGGGAGGAGAAUCGCCCUGCUGCGAGAUCAUUGUGCUCAUUCAAGCGGUCCCAGCUUCUUCCACUGAAGGAGUUGUUCGGGAUGAGAAGGAAAGGCAUGGGGUAUCUGCCAACUCACCUCGGAAAGAUGCUCAACGGCCGCAUUCUGACUGAGGAUGAUUUCCUCGGCUGAGUACCAGGUCUAUUUCGCGUGAGUUUCAACACUUCUCUGCCAAAGACCUGACUGACUGUAGUGUUAGUCGACAGCGACUGUAUUCUGUAUCGACACUGACCUUGACCUAAUAUU